UUCCUGGAAGGCGUCACACGUCCAUUUCUGAUGCUGAAACUUUGCACCAGUUUGCACUGAAGUGAAGUUGUGUGUCUUUUCUACUUGAAAAGUUGUAAGCCGUCAGGAUAUUAUCCAUACAAAUUUCAACAAUUUCCUACACUCUUCAAUGAGGUUUAAUGAUGGAGGAACCAACUUGUCCAGCAACUCCACCUCUUUCUAAAUGCCCAGAUACGCCUCCCCGCGCCGGCAGUUCCAAAUCCAGUCCCUCAAAAUGGAACAACUCACCUAAUCGCAAGGAACGCAGUCCUACCCCAAACCGCCCAUCUUCUCCAGAAAAUUGUGCUAUAUGCCUUGGUCCUUUAGCCAAUAAAUCAUUUACCAAUAGCUGUUGUCACCAAUUCUGUUUUGUUUGUUUACUUGAAUGGUCCAAGGUGAAAGCAGAGUGCCCCCUAUGCAAAGUUGCGUUUGAUUCUAUCAUUCACAAUGUUAGGAGUCAGGAUGACUAUGAUCAAUACCAUGUUGUCAGGCAGCCACCUCAACGUGCACCAGCUGACUCAUCAGUGGUCCUGUAUGCAAGAACACAACAUCAAUACAGAGCAUUUUCAGAAUGGAUGGCUCUUCGUGGUUUAAAUGCUCGCAACUUUCGUAUGACAGAGAGCUUUAAUGGUGUUUUUCUUCCUGAUGCAAUCCCAAGUGGUCCUCCUGCUAGAGCAGCGCCCAGAGGAAACCCUAAUGGAACAUCAGCAUUCCGACGUUCAAUAUAUGACAGAGAUUUGUGGGCUAGGAUACAACAUGACGUUUCUGGCAGAUACAGAGAAUGCUCUCCGGAGUUUUAUGCCCAAAAUCCUGCACAAAUUCAUCGACUAAUGCCAUUCUUAAACAGAGAAUUAAAUGUUUUAUUAGACAAUGGCUCAAGAACUAUGUAUGUUAUGGAUAAAAUUUUGGAGCUUCUUCCUUUAAUUCCAAUUUCAUCCAAUGAUUUCCGCACCAGAGUUGCCCAGCUUAUAGGAAACCAACAUGCCCUUCAUUUUUGUCAUGAGCUACGGGCCUUUGCUAUCUCUGUCUAUGAUUUGGUUGGAUAUGACCGCCAUGUUCAGUAUCUUCCUAAUGGUGGAGCAGGCUACUCCAUCGAAAUUGAAGAUGAGACAUCUGACUCCCAUGUUGACUCUGAUGAUGACGAUAUUCAGAUAAUUGAACCCAAUCGUGAGCAGAUGGCACAUGCUCGCAACCCACCUGCUUCUUCUAGGGCCAGGAACACAUCAGUUUCUGCAUCAGCGUCAGCUGGUGCCUCAACUUCGAGUUCCAGUGGUUCUAGUGCUUCUCAUACUUCUUCUCACCGGAAUUCAUCUGUGGUUACUGUGCUAUCUGAUAGUGAUAGUGAUAUUGCUGAAGAUGUUCAAAUUGUAGGAUAUGUAAAACCUCGUCAUGAGAGAACACCAGAAUUAAUUACCCUGUCAUCCCCCGAGCAUCCUGGCAAUUCUCCACAGUCUGCAACUGCUCGGGCCUAUGGUCCACGAGAUUCACCAAAUGACUUGAUAUGUAUUAACCUGGGUAAUACUUCCACAACCGAACUCCGGUGGCAAGAUAGUGAAGAAUCUUCUGAUGAAGAAGCUUUAACAAUUAUACCUCAAAUUCAUAACAAGCGAUCUAAAGAGAAUGUUAACUAUUUGGAACCUGUAAGCUCUACAGAGUCUUUUGACUCAUCAAACUCAAAUACUGAGAAGAAGAGGAAACGUAAGCAUUCCAAAAGGGGGGUUAAAAGUGAGAAAAAGAGACAUUCAAAGAUCAAACUUCACAGAACUAGAAAUCAAGUUAGCAGUGAUAGUGAAGACAAUAGUCAACCCUCAACCUCUAAAGGACAUUCUAAACGAAGCCAUAGAAAAGACAGUAAGCCAUCAUUUAACAGAAGCAUGAAGCUCUCCAGCAAAAGUGCAUCAACCUCAAGAAGCAUACUUUAUACCGAAAGUGAUACAGAGAGUGACGGGCCACCUCGAACUUUUAUUCGCUCAGCAAUUGUUAAGAAGAGCAACAGUUCUCACCUUAAUUCUGAUUCUGAAGAGGAAGUUAUAUCUCCAGUUUGUUCUUCUCAUCCCAAAUUACGGAAUGUUAUUAAUAUGACAAGGACGAUUGCUGAUAAUGGUCAGGAUACAUGGAAAGUAAAUAAAACACGUGAAAGUCCUGAAAAUUGUAGAACUCAUAGCCGUAGCAGAAAAGAGAAGCAUUAUUCAAGCAGAUUAUCUCCCAACCAUAAACAGCGUAGUCCAUCUCAGCAUGAAAGACAUGAUUCAGAAUCAUCCCAUAGCCACAGGAAGAAGCACUCUAAAAGAAGCAAGAGUUCUAGUUCUUCUCAAAGUCAAAAAAAUGAUAAAAAAUGUGAGAGAUCUAGAUCGCCGGAAUCACAUUCUAAAAGAUUUAAGAAAAAACGAAGAUCUCCAUCAAAUUCUGAUUCUGAUGAUUUAAAUUCUACAAGUCCAAAGAAACGACUGUCAGCACCUCUACAUUAUACUGAAGAUUCUGACUCAUGAUUUGUUGAUGUUUAGUAUGUUUCUCUAGUACUGUAAUUGUAAUUAUAUCAUUGCUGACAUCAUUUUUUAAAAAUAUGUACGGAAGUAUUUUUGCUGGUCAUCAUCGGAACUGCUACCAAAUGUCAAUGAUAUACCUUCACAAACACAAUGGAAUAAGAAUAAUAUGGAAAACAUGUUGUAACAUUAAACCAUUUUCUUUAAAAUUUUUAUCAGUUUACAACAGUUAGAUUUUGCCUUAUUUAAAAAAGCUAUUUGAAAACUCAUCUGAUUUGCCACUUUAUCUCUUGUGAUCCGAAAUUGUGAACUUAGAAUUACAGUUUGGCAGGAUUGCAAAUAUCUAUUGAGAUGAACUGUUUUCAUGGGUUUGAUUUUCUCUGCAAAGAAAUGUUUUUAUUUGUUAAACUGUGCCAGAUACUUGUCCCAAAAUUGUUUUACAAGUGGUGAGUAACAACACCAAUCAAGGAAUUUCUUUUUGUUUUAUUUUUAUGUUAUUUUAAAAUUUAUUGUACAGGUUCAAUUUCAAAUGGAAAACACACAGUGCUCUUUCUUUUUUUGUGAAAAGUGUAUCUAAUGAUUGUUUCUUUGUGAUAUUUGUAAAUAAUUGUUAAGAGAGGAAAGCAUAAGUUUUUCUCUAUUUUGGUAAGCUCAGUACAAUUAACAUUAUGGGCAGCAUUUUACUAAGUCAGAUUCUUUGGUCUGUCUACUACUUAUGGCUGUUCGACCAAGUCGAGAUCCACCUAUGUCCUGUCUAUGUACUUGGUUCAGUUUUGUCAGCUUUCUACUUUUUAGAGAAAUAUUUAAAAGAAUAAAAAAAAAUGAGAAUA